CGGGAGGUCAGCUCUCCAAAGGCUGAGUGAGACUCAGCCUCAGGCUGAGAGCUGAGAUCCUUGCCUAGAGAAAGAUAAACCUAACUCACAGACAGCUCACCUCACUUGUCCAUCAGCUGUGACGGGGGCGAACAGGACCACUGAGGUCAUAGGUGGAGAGCCAGGGGUUUGAAAAGAGAAAGGUGAAAGUCCCAUUUUGAAUCCAGGAUUGCCUUUCCUGGACUGGACUGCCCAGGAACUUCACUGGGCAAUGUGAUUGAUAGGGCCAAACUGACACAGCCAGUGUGCUGGGAACUGGCUAAGGACGUGACCCUGGGUGCUCUACUGAGGAACCUAGGGACAGGUUUGGAAUAACGUGGAGCGCCUGGGCUCUGGGCUCCCAGAGUGAACCUGGCACACAUUUCUCUGUUGUGUGAGGAUUGGCUGGAAGUGGAUCCUUGGGUAUCCACACCACUAGGAUGGAGAGAGGCGAGUCUCUUACCCUCUUCUGGAGCCGGGGAGCUGCAGCUAACUCGGGUCGGGAAAAUGCGACAGCGACUGCCCACUCGAGGUCGUCAUGGCGACAGCCAGUGAACGUGUUCCUCUCCUCGGGCAGGCCCCCGAGUGUAGAGGAACUGCUUCGCGAGGCGCAGCUCAAUCUCCAGAGCCUGUUGCAAGAAGAAUAUGAGGAACAGUAUUCGAAGGCCAGACUUCUGGGCCAGACCUUCCGCUCUUCUGAUGAGGCCCCUGAGCCUACUCCCAGCCCAAGGCCCCAGUCUGCUAAGCGUCUGGAGUUUGUAUUGAUGCCUGCAAAACGGCAGCUGAGUGAGGAGGAGACCACGACCCAGGGUGUGAGGGCCCCCGAGGCCUGCCUGAGCCUGUCUACUGCUGACAAACAAACUGCCUGGAAUGACCCCUUCCCUCUACCUAUCCUAAAGGAGAAGCUCUGGCUUCAGCCCUGCUCCACGCAGUCUGACCUUGUGCCAAUCAACGUCUCGGGGCAGCAGUUUGAUAGACAUGCAAGUUUUCGACACUCGUUGUUUAACACAGAGACAGCCGUGAACCCCAAGUCCACCCUGAGGCGGAGGCGGACCAUUAUUGGAUUCUCUAACUUUUCUCAGCGAGACCAAGGUCACAGCAGCAGUCCCGCAGGCAGCCUGGCCCGCUCUGCCACCUCAGACAUCAGGCCUGGCCACUCAGCUCCACAAGUUGUUCAGGGAAGAGUUGCUGUUGGGCAGGAAGCUCGGUUCCCAAGUCUCACCUCUCCAGGACUGAGACACUCUUCUAGUGAGCCGGGAGACGCUCACCAGGCACGCAGUGGCCCAGACCCUCCCGGCAUGGAGAGCAUGGCAGUGGUGUAUAGUGUCCCCAGUUCUUGCAAUGGACCAACAGAGUCAACGUUCUCCGCUUCCUGGAAGGGAGAUGCUUUCACAUACAUGACCCCAAGUGCCAGCAGCCAGGGCAAUCAAGUCAGUGAAAAUGGAAAAAACCCUUCCUCGGGGAAUUCUUGGGUCCCUCUGAACACACUCCCACCUCUGGUUCCUAAGGAGGCGGCCACACUCUUUGUCACCCGUGAUAACCCAGCAGGAUGCACUGGGCUACCCAGCUACUCUGAGCACCCCACUCUACGAAGACAGAUACCAGAAAGACCUCCCAAGAUUGGCCUUCUUGCCCGUGGUACCUCAAGGCUAGAAACAGGCCCAGGUGGGACCAACAGGUUCCGGGAGCGGUCAUUGUCUGUGCCCACAGACUCGGGUGUUACCUCAGUGGACUAUGGCGAAGAACAGAAGGCCAGUGAGGUCCGCAUCCUGCCUUAUGCCAGUACAAGCUCCGAGGGCAGUAACAGUACUGACAACAUUGCGGCCCUCAGCACUGAGCAGGAGGCACGGCACAGAAGGCAACGAUCCAAAAGUAUUUCACUCAAGAAGGCCAAAAAGAAGCCCUCUCCACCCAUGCGAAGUGUCUCACUCGUCAAAGAUGAGCCAGCCCUCCCACCAGAAGGCGAAUUGGUACUGCCCAAGGACCAGAGGCCCAGGAGCCUUUGCCUCUCCUUGGAACACCAAGGGCACCACCCACCUCACCCAGAUGCUCAAGGUCACCCAGCUGUGCCAAUGCUCAAAGACCCAGAAGGUACGCAGUUCUCUCACCACUGGUAUCUUACUGACUGGAAGUCUGGUGACACCUACCAAUCCUUGUCCAGCUCCAGCACUGCCACCGGCACUACAGUCAUUGAGUGCACUCAAGUUCAGGGAAGCUCAGAGUCUCUGACCUCCCCUUCCACCUCCAGAGCGACAACACCCUCCCAGCUCUCCAUUGAGGUGGAAGCCAGGGAAGUAACCUCCCCUGGGAGGCCCACUGGACUGAUGUCCCCUUCUAGUGGUUACUCCAGCCAGUCAGAGACACCCACACCUACUGUCUCCAUGUCCCUGACCCUGGGUCACUUACCUCCUCCAAGCACUAGUGUCCGAGUACGUCCAGUGGUACCAGAAAGGAAGUCAUCACUGCCCCCAACAUCACCAAUGGAGAAAAUCUGCAAGUCACGGUUAUCAUUUGACCUACCAUUGACCUCUUCAACCACCCUGGAUCUGUCCGGGAUGAGUAUCUCCAUCCGCAGCAAAACCAAGGUGAGCCGCCAUCACUCUGAUACCAAUUUUGGAGCCAAACUGGCACAGAAAACUAGUCCAAAUCAACCGAUCAUGCCCAUGGUUACUCAGUCUGACCUCCGUUCUGUUCGCCUGAGGUCUGUCAGCAAGUCUGAGCCGGAAGAUGACAUUGAGAGCCCAGAUUACACAGAGGAACCUGGGGCAGAGGAAGUGUUCACCUUGCCUGAGAGAAAAGUGAAACCUCCCAUAGCUGAGAAACCUCCACUGGCCCGAAGGCCCCCAAGUUUGGUCCACAGGCCGCCCUCUCUCCCUGGGGAGUAUCCACUAACUUCUCCUACUAUGGCUAUGACAUCCAGGAGCUCCAUUCCACACAUGAAGCAGCUCCCCCAAGACAGCUACACAGUGUUACGGAAACCAAAGUCACCCAGCUUCCCCAGUGGGAGGAGCCCCGGGGAGUCAACAGCAUCCUCCAGCCUUGUCUUCUCACCCCUUGCCAGUUCCUCUGGUGCUUUCUUCUCAGGAACACAGCAACCUCCCCAGGCCAGUGUAGAAGACGGGGGCCCCAAGGUGAGAGCCCUACCUGAAAGAAUUGGCCUCCAGAGCCAGGAGGAAGCUGAGAAAAAGAUGACCAAGAUCCCACCUCCAGUACCAAAAAAGCCCAGUGUGCUCUAUCUGCCUCUCACCUCCCCUGGAGCUCAAAUGGAUGCCUGCAUGGCAGAACCAAGACUGCCUUUCAGUCCCAUCAUCACCCUGGAGGAAGAUGCCAAGUGUCCCUCCACUGGUGAUGACCAGAAGUCACCUGGUAAAAGGGUGACUUCGACUCUUCACAUUGACAGAGAAAAAGAGGCCAUCUCUCCAGGGAGGUCUGUGGAACCGAGUGCUGAAGAGAAAAGUUUAAUCAGUGAUAAAACAGCCGAAUGGAUUGCGGAGGAGGAUGAUGACGUGUUUGUGGCUUCCCGCACAACUGAAGAUUUAUUUACUGUGAUACACAGGUCCAAGAGAAAGCUACUGGGCUGGAAAGAGACUGGGGAGGGCUUCACGGGAAGCAGACCCAGCUCCCAUUCACCAGUGAAGAAUACAGCUGAUUCUCCCACCGGUGAGUCUGCUGCUGCCCCAGGGCCAAGUGGCAGUGCCUGCCUAGAUGCUGGUAGAAAUGAUGAUUUCAAGGCCUUGCUCCAGAAGAAGGGAAGUAAGGCAACUCCCAGGACCCGCCCCUCAGCGGCCGAGCUGCUGAAGACCACUAACCCUCUGGCUCGAAGAAUUAUUGCACAGUUCUCAAAAGACUACGAAACCACUGACAACCCCAGUACCUAAGCCCUGCUUCUUACAUACUAGACCUGAGUAGAGAAGGAGGAAGACAGAGAGGGCUUUAGAAAGGAACCAACCACAGGAAUGACAAAAGAAUCCAUGUCUUUGACGUUAACUCACACUCUGGACAGCAGAGAGGACAACACAACAAUGGAGCUCAUCAUGUACUUGGUUAGGCUUCAGACCGUCCGCAUUUUCAUUCUUCCAUCCUUGCCAUGACUGAACAUUGGAGUCCCACUUCUCAGCUCCCAGCACUGUGCACUAAGAGAGCCUCAGAUUGGAGAGUGUGUAUGCCACCUUUUCAAUGUCCUAGCUUCUUUGUCCAUUGGCUCCUGUCACUGAGAGACACAGUAGGGAGGACAGAUUGGGGUCUCCCAAACCAGGCUUGGGGACAGAGGGUACCAGUUCCACUGCUAUUAUCUACUCUCUUGAAGAGGCCUCAGUGGCCCUUUGUGAAGACACAGAAAGACACCGAGGCCUCCUCAACCACAGUGUGACUUUCCUCCAGAGAGAGUUCUGCAGGCGUGCACUAAUUAUGGCAUAGGGUUGAUUGGAUGGCUUUUGUGGUGCAAAAUAUGAAUGUGACUCUUCCAAAACUUCAUGCCUUUUUUCAGUUUGAUUGUCUAUGCGGAGAUCAGGGUGAUGAGUUUUAAUAAACUUCUAGGACCUCCCCCCCCCAUUAGCUAGAAAAGAUGGAACUGGGUGGUGUUGACUGAACCAAGCUCAGCAAAUGAAUGGGACAUUUGUUCACUCACAUCUAGCCAAGGUAACUCGCAUGCUCGCCUUGAGGUCUUUCGAGUGUCUGUCAACAUGGGUAGCCAGGAUCUGUCCCCAGCUCAUGCUGUAUACUCCAAGAACUCUCAUUUCACUUGCAUGUAACAUUCAUUACAGGAAGUAUGUAGGCGAAGGACUGGCAUCAUCGAAGGCUCCAGGCAUGGAAAGUAAGUGUAUCUUAUGCUGAUACCAUUCGAUUCAGAUUGUGCUUUUCUGUGGUUGCUUGGAUUUUGUUUAAAGGAAGUCUGACUCUUUCAAAAGUCAAGAACCUGUACACUGAAAAAAAAAAUCUACUCAAAAUCAAAAAGGCAGCCUUGCUAUGGCCCAGAAUACAAAGGGCUACUUUUUGCCAUCUAGGUACUGCUUGCUAUUUUGGCCAACUUUCAGUUAGCCGUGGUGGAGGACAGCAGAGGAGCUAAGAUGAAUAGAAUUCGGAAAGACUUCCAGGACAACCACAAUGACCCCCUUCUUUUCCAAAGUCAACAGGCACUGGCCAUUCUUGUCAACUCAAUUUUGUAAGUAAAGCAAGAGCUCCUGAUUUCCAUAUCCCUGGUUUCUGAGGGGCUCAGGAUAAGAUAGGCAAAACACUGAGCAGAGAAACCAUGCUGACCUGUGUUGGAAAGUUCACUGUCUUCUGGUCCCAAGGGGCCAAAAGGAAAUGAACUUGUAGCAUGCUUUGCAAAAACAAACAAACAAGCAAGCAAACAACAACGAAAACGGUUCCCUGCCCCCUUCCUCCUGUACUCCUGCCCCCACCCCACGCCUCUGCCCCUGCCCUACCAGAUUCCUUACUCACUCUCCUGGAGGAUGCAGCAAGAGGCCAGAAACAAGCAGAUCUCCAUUUUGAUAAUCCUUAUCAAUGAGAAUCAAGCUCUUAGCUCAACUGCUUACGCUCCAGCAAGGCAACGUGGCUGAAACUGAAAUAAAACUCCACUAAGUGCUAAGAAGACUCAGGCCCCUGGCAUGGAAGCCCUAGGCUGAAAUCCUUGGUUGGGUUGGUCUAAUUCUGAAUUCUAGACAAAUGAAAAUAGGUCAAGCUCACCAACUGUCUUCUAGCACUUCUCUCAGAUUUAAAAAAAAAAGUCUCUUAAAUAAUAAGACAGUUCUGAGGAACUAUAGUUGUUUUGGAAGUGUCUAAAACAUUUGCCAUGAAGAUCGUAACCAAGUCUCAUAAGUUUUGACGGAAUUUAAACAAGAGUCAGGCAAGAAUGUGAUAUCCAGUUUUAAUCCCAGCACCUGGAAGAUGAAGCCAGGCAGAUCUCUACGAGGUUGAGGCCAGUCUGAUCGACAGGCUGCCGAGGCUACAUAGUGAGAUCUGGACUUCAGUCUUGGCCUUAGUUUAUAGAGAAGUAUCACAGCUGACCUGAACUCAGAACUCCAAAUGACAGAGGCGUUUUCCUCUGUAGGGAAAUGAAGGAACAGAUGCCUGUGCUUGUGUCUAACAGAAGCAAAAGGCUCCCUGGCUCUGCUCCUCAGAACCAUUGUGAAUUGUUGAACGUGUGAGCGUAUGGGACUCUGUAUAGGGCUUGCUACUUUUGCUGAUUUUUUUUCUUUUUGCAAGUGUCUUGUUUGUUCCUUCUCAUGGGUUUUGCCUCUCCCCUCACCUUGCUACCUCUGGAGGUGUCCCCCCAAAAGAUUGUAAAACUGAAUGCUUAGACCGCUUGAGGUGGUUUCAGUUGCCUGAACCCUUGCUUUCCUCUGCAAAACUCUGUGGGCCUGGGAUGUUUAGAAUAUUUCUGCAUCGCUAUGACCCUCAGAAAACCCAUUAGCACAAGGGGGUUUGGGGGCAGAGACUUCACUGUCAGAGAAAAGACUUAGGCCUGAGAGUGCCCAUUCAGUGUUUUCAGGAGUGGACCUAGUCCUGAAGAAACCAGAUUAUUGGGGGAAAAUAUCUACCAGUCAUUGAUCAGCACAACACCAAGCUUCUUUUCUAAUACUUAACCUUAUCCUAUGCUUAACAUCAUAGACACCAACUCUCUUCCCUGGGUACAAUGUGUGCUGCCUGUGAGGAGGCGUGGGGAGAGUUGGGGAGAAACCCCUUUCAGGGAGGUUCUCUGGAGAGUUGCUUCCAGAGUAAUUUCUAUAGGUGGCAUACACAGUAAGUUGGAGGGAAAUCAAAUCGGCCCCAGGUAGUGAGCCUCUGCUUUAAGCUAUUUGUAUUCCCGUUUCCCUCCAGCUCCAAUCUUCAGUGGCAGGUGGCUCUGUUAGAGUGAAUAUAGUCAAGGGUUGGUGAGACGACUCCCGCUCCCACUCCAAGAUGCAGUUAAUGCUUUGCACCUGGUGGGUAUAUAUGCGUGGUUCAAAUGCAAGUGGUGGAGAGCAGACUAGUCAUGGUACAAAGGCUGGCUCUGCUUAUGGCUCCUCCCCUUUGCCUGUACUACUGGCCUGCAUGGGCCUCCAACUUGGCCUACAGUCCUAACACCCGUGAACUGCACCGGUACCAACAGCUCGACCACAAAGGAGUCAAGACCGUGGGCAGCCAAUCCAUUCCUGUUCGCUUCAUGACCACAAGGUUAAGGUUCUGCCAACAAGCAUUCUGCCUGACAUUUACUUUAUCUAGACAACCCAGAUCCAGUUGUCUCUGUAAACUUGUCACUCUGAGCAGAUCUACCCAUGCACCUGUCCGCCCCCCUCUUCACCUUUGAACCAGUCAGGAAAAAAAAAA